GCACGAGCGCUCUGCCCGCGUCGACCGCGUGCACGCGAAACGUUCGGUUAUCACGUCUUAUCAGCGCGGCAGUUAUCGCUGACACUCGCACGAGAGGAAAACACCACUUCAAAAAUCAUUGUUCACUUAUCUUCGCGACUCUCCGUCAUCGACUGGCGCGACGGACAUCGCAGUAUUGCUAUAUAUUGGCAUAUUGCGCACACGAUCGUCGGUCGGUCGGUCGUACUAGUCGGCGGUUAGUACUUCCGAUACGCUUACACCACACAUGACUUAACUCGCUGUGAUCUUAGGUACUUAACGUCUUUCCCCGUCCGCGUUCUUCCUCUUUUUUUCUUUUUUCUUUGUGCGUUUAUUCGCUUCGUUACUUCUCCGGCUUCCGAUCUCUCGCCGCCCCGCCCAAGCUCGUAUAGUCUCCACCGAAAUGAAGUUUGCCGAACAUCUCCAGGCCCACAUCACGCCGGAAUGGCGGAAGCAGUACAUCAAUUACGAGGACAUGAAAGAGAUGCUUUACAAAAUCAUAGAGGAAGCGCCUUCAGUAGAGUCCACGGAUCCCGAAAGCCUGCACCGCCGUUUCAUUCAGUUCGACGAACACUUUUUACAGUAUUGCGAAAAGGAAUUGGCUAAGAUCAACGUAUUUUACUCUGAAAAACUUGCCGAAGCAAUGCGUAAGUUUUCAACACUAAAGAAUGAGCUUGACUUGCUUUCAUCCACUGCAAUAAAAAUGAAAGAUUAUGGCAAAAAGUCUGAUUCCAAUAAACUGAAUUUACCUCAACGCAAAGUACAAGAGCUUAAAUUAGCUUUCAGCGAGUUUUAUUUGAGCUUGAUACUUUUGCAAAAUUAUCAAAAUCUAAACUAUACUGGUUUUAAAAAGAUUUUGAAAAAACAUGAUAAGUUGUUGAAUAAAGAAAGUGGUGCAAAGUGGCGUCAAGAGCAAGUAGAAAUAUCUCAUUUUUAUACAAAUAAAGACAUAUUACGUUUAAUUAAUGAAACGGAACAUACUGUUACUCACGAUCUGGAAUUUGGUGAUCGUCAAAAAGCUAUGAAACGGCUAAGAGUUCCACCUCUUGGCGAAACACAAAGUCCUUGGACUACUUUUAAAGUAGGAUUGUACUUAGGAUGCCUUAUUGUUUUGCUAGUUGCAAUUUUCAUUUCUGCUACUUUUGAAAAAAAUACCAACAUUAAACAAGCAUUCCGUUUAUAUCGUGGACCAUUCCUUAUAAUAGAGUUCCUUUUUCUGAUGGGCAUAAAUGUUUAUGGAUGGCGAUCUUCUGGUGUCAAUCAUGUCUUGAUAUUCGAACUGGAUCCAAGAAAGCAUGUCACUGAACAACACCUUUUUGAAAUUGCAGGAAUCCUUGGUGUUGUGUGUGCUCUUAGUAUUUUAGGUUACUUAUAUUCUGAUGCUCUGAGUAUACCAGCAUAUAUAAAUCCAUUGUCUUUAGUAAUUUUAUUUACACUGCUGAUGAUCAACCCAAUUAAAAUAUUUUACUUUGAAGCAAGAUUUUGGUUGUUACGUAUAGUAUGGCGAAUGGCUUGUGCUCCAUUUUAUUAUGUCGGAUUUGCUGACUUUUGGCUCGCUGAUCAAUUGAACAGUCUGGUAACUGUUCUGCUUGACGCUCACUACUUGAUUUGCUUUUACAUUUACAAUAAUAAUUGGUAUCAAACUUCAGAUGUUAAAUUUAAUGUUGAGGAAUAUUUUAUUUCAAAAAUGAUAGUCAAUUGUAUACCUGCGUGGAUUCGAUUUGCUCAAUGUAUUAGACGUUACAGGGAUACUGGUGAAACAUUUCCACAUUUAGCUAAUGCUGGAAAGUAUUCAACAACGUUUUUUGUUGUAUUUGCAAGAGCAUUGUUGAAAAGAACGAAAAAUAAUUAUGCAGAUAGUUAUGACAAUCCAUUCUUUUUCUUUUGGGUCAUUUGUUCUGUGAUAAGUUCAAUUUAUACAUACACCUGGGAUGUAAAAAUGGACUGGGGUUUAUUCAAUAACAAUUCUGGAGAAUAUACAUUCUUAAGAGAAGAAAUUGUAUAUGAUAAUACAGGUUAUUAUUAUUUUGCAAUUAUUGAAGACCUUGUAAUUAGAUUAUUGUGGGUUCCACAAUACAUACUUACAAGUAAUGGCAUUUUAAGUACUGAAAUGGCUAAUUCUUUAGUAUCACCUCUUGAAGUCUUUAGACGGUUUGUAUGGAAUUUCUUCCGCUUAGAAAAUGAACAUCUGAACAAUUGCGGCAAGUUCCGAGCAGUGAGAGAUAUAUCAAUAGCACCAAUUGAUUUCUCUGAUUCUGCUCAAAUAGUACGUAUGAUGGAUGAAGAUAUGAGUGUGACAAACAGACGGAAACGUAAACUUCUACCAUCAAAAAAAUCUAUUAAAGAAGAUAAAUUGCAGUUAGUUACUGAUCAGCAUUCAUAUUCCUUGGAUUUAACUGAAUAAACCAAAUAAAGAAUUAGCAUAAAAUAUUUCUACUUUAUUAUUCCAUUACAUUUUGUAUAGAAAUAAAUUGUAUUUUUAAUAAUAGACUUUGUAAGCUCAAGUAUAUAUAUAUAUAUAUAUUAUAUAUAGUCGAAAACAAUCGAAUUUAAUUUAAUUUUUAGAACUUAUUUUUGAUGCAAGUUGCUUAAUGUAUUACUUAAAAUGAAAUAAAAAAAGGGUACUGAAAUGAUUUUAUACACUUACAUACUGUGAUCUCUAGUUUAAUUAAGUAGUAUAAUAUUUUCAAUUAACCUUGGUAUAGUAUUCGCUAAGAUUUUAUUAUGGAUACACGGAAAAUUGAUGCCUACCUUAUUUUAUUUUUUCUUGUGAUUUAGAAAAUAAAUAAUAUUCAAUUCAA